CUGGGCGAGGUGGCGGCGGUGGCGGGUCGGUGCUGCUGCGCGCUCCGGUAGCACCCGUGGGGCCCCGCCGCCCCUCCCGCGGGUUCCCCUCUGCCCGGCCCGGGAAGCGGACCAGUCUCUCGAGGCCAGGGCAGGGGGGGUGCGGCCGGCCUGGCGGCAGCGGGGCCGGAGCUGGAGAGCGGUCGGGACCGGCCCCUGGGGCGCCAAGGCCCAGGGUGGGGGAGGAUUCUGCCCUGUAGACCGAGAAGCCUCUUCCAGAGCGCUGGGUGGCGUCCGUCUCUCCGUUACCGGCGAGCUGCGGGGUGAGACUUACGUAGUCAGGAAGAGCUGACUGCUAAAGAGAAAAUGACAUCUCUAGAAAAAGUUUUAGUUGAUGAUGCCUCUUCACCCAUCCGAGGACCUGGAGAUGGCAUGGAAACAGAGCAGACAGCUGAAUCAGUGGAAGCAAUCACUGGAGCCAACACUACAAACCCUCAUACCCACCAGAGCCCACAUAAAAAGACAGUCUCUUCCUUGAGUCCUGGAGUUCUGCAGCUUGGGAAAGUACAUGCUGAUAAAUCUGUGGAGAUUGAAGCUGUUCGUAUAUUAGUCCCCAAAGCUGCUAUCACCCAUGUUGUUCCAACUAAAAACACUAAGGUAGCUAAAUCAGUGGGACUUAAAGGAGACCCAUUCCAUCAGUCUGAUGGAGCCACAGAUCCCAGAAAAGAACAGAUAGAGCUGAAAAAUGCAAUCGAAAAGCUAAAGAAUUCAGAAAAGCGGUUGUUACAGGAUAAAGAAGGUCUCUCUAAUCAGCUGCGUAUACAGACAGAGGUGAAUCGGGAGCUGAAGAAGUUGCUUGUUGCUUCUGUUGGGGAUGAUCUGCAGUACCACUUUGAACGGAUGGCUCGAGAGAAGAAUCAGCUGAUCCUAGAAAACGAAGUCCUGGGCCGGAAUAUAUCUCAGUUGUCUGAACAGCUGGAGCGCAUGUCUAUCCAGUGCGAUGUGUGGCGCAGCAAAUUCCUAGCAAGCAGGGUUAUGGCUGAUGAGCUAACCAAUACCAGAGCAAUUCUUCAGCGUCAAACCAGGGAUGCACAAAGUGCAAUCCAGGACUUGCUGAAUGAACGCGAUCAGUUCCGUCAGGAGAUGAUUGACACACAGAAGCUGCUGGAAGAGCUGAUGGUUUCUCUUCAAUGGGGGAGACAGCAGACAUACUAUCCUAGUGCCCAGCCUUACACUACAACAGAGCUAGCAGCUGUGAAUUGUAAGCUAGCCAAAGCUGUAAGCUCACAUCUUCUUGGAAAUGUGGGCACUAAUAGUCCAAAAAAGACUUCAACAGCUGUGGAGUUCUGCAAUACCCCUGCUGAGAAGAUGGCUGAAAUGGUGCUGCGUGUGCUGGAUCCAGCUGCACGUACAGAAGCAUCAACAGAAGUUUCUUUUUCUGAGACUACUCCAUCCUUCCUUUCCACAAAGAAUAUUGGAAGGUUUCACCCCUAUACAAGAUACGAAGAUGUAACUUUCAAUUGUUGCAAUCACUGUCAAGGAGAGCUGAUAGGUGUUUAAAAACACAGCCAAUACAACCGUACCUGCAGUCUUUCUGAAGACUUACAGUAGUUGAUGUUCAUCAGGCUUCCCUUUUUCCUGUUUCUUUCCAUAAUGGGUGGGUUUAAUGUUGAAAAUUAUGCACUUAGUGCUCUGCUGCCUCUUGAAGUUAGGGACUGACAAGAUUUCCCUAGCCUCUGGGAUACUUCUACUACUUUUCAGUCUGGAAAGCUACUUCUUUUCUUCUACAAAGGCAAGACCAAAAAUACUAUUCUGUUCCAAUUUUUAGAGUAUAGAGAUAGAUGACCUUGACUAUUUAAGGUUUUCUGUAUUAAUAGCAAAUUCAUUUAAAUUUCUCUGUAGAGGGAGACAAAAGCCUAAAUAUACCAAAGUGAAGUGCUGAUAGGUUAUGUUAAAAAAAAAAAAAAAAAGAAAAAGAAAAAAAGGCAAGGGAAGAUGGUCAGCUUUGUGCUUUUUUUAAAAAAAAAGAUCUUAGCCAAGGUGAUGAACUGUCCCCAAGUUCAGCCUUUUAAAUUCAGUAUUAAAAAGGAGUAUGUGCAAUGAGUCUUCAUAGCUGUAAGUUCUGAAAGUAAGAGCAUAUGCAACGUUGCAGCCCUCCUGGCAAGAAGGGGAAAGACUUUACAUUAAUUCUGGCUAUAAUAUAUAAAUAGUACCAGGUUUAAAAUAGAUUCUGGAAAGCAGUGCAAUGUGAGAUUAUUCGUGUUUUCAUAAAGCUAAAAUAAUGGGCUUUUCUUUCAGCUUCUGGAGUGAAGCUGUUGCGUAGCUGAUCCUCAGCAGAGACCGAUACACCUCCUUCAGCACACAGUGUUGACACCUGACCUAGCAUUAGAACUCAGCCCUUGCCCAACUUCUUCCUGGGUGUUAAGGAAAGCUGAAGAUAAGCACUAAGUUUGCAAAAGCACUAGUAACAAAGUAUUUUUUUACUUGUGUGAUUUUAUAAUCUUGAUAAAGGUUCAAAGCAGAUAAUCUGCUAAACCCAAAGAAGCCUGUUUACGUUGCUAAUGUGAAGAGGAAAGGUAGGAGGAUGCAAAUAUGUAUCUUAAUGUUUUAAUUUAAUCCCCAGAUUUAUUAUAUGUAGCUGUCUAUUUUGUGGAAAGAGUUUCUUAAGUGAUUGCUUUGACCCAGUCUUCCUUUGAAUCUCCUGCCAUGAUCAGAAUACAUAAGUUCUUGCUGUUCCUGACCAUGCUUUGGUUUGCAUGAAGAAAACAAUAAACUUUGCUUGCUUUCAAGUUG